UCUAAACCUUAAUACACUUUCGUAGCACAAUCCACGACAGACCGUUUAUCGGUCAUCUUGUUCCACGCCCGUAUCAUCCAUGGAUCCAGCAAAAUUGGCCAAGCUCCAGGCUCAGGCGGCAGGCAACAGGAUUGGCGGCAAGGGAACCGUACGCAGGAAAGUCGUGCGGAAAUCAAAGCCCGCGUCGGCUCAAGACGAUAAAAAGUUGCAAGGGGCCCUUAAGAAGUUGAAUGUACAACCGAUUCCCGGGGUUGAGGAGGUUAACAUGUUCAGAGAGGACGGCAAUGUGUUACAUUUCACAGCACCAAAAGUCCAUGCCGCAAUACCGGCUAACACAUUCGCCAUCUACGGGGUCGGUCAUGUGAAGGAACUUACAGAGCUUGUUCCCGGAAUCCUUAACCAGCUUGGUCCCGAUUCUCUCGCAUCGCUCCGAAAGCUGGCAGAGUCGUACCAAGCGAUUCAACAGAGUCAGCAACGCCCGCCGAAUGCGGCCACUGCUCAAGAGGAUGAUGAUGAUGACGUCCCUGAUCUCGUUGAAAACUUUGAUGUGGAAGCUGACCAGAAGGUUGCUGGACUCGACUAGACAUUGGACCAUGAUUGCAAUUACACGUGAAGGACUCAACGGUAGUGCAAUGGACCUGUGUUUGAGGUCGUUUGCUUGACAUUUAGUUUGGGAGUGUACGAGGGUUUCGUUCGCGAUACAUAAAAUUGUGAUUCUGCAGUCAAAAUUUCUCAGUCACGUUGUACGCCUUCAAAUGGACCCUCAAAUAUCACCGAGCGUCUCGAUCUUGAUUGUUCAACCGUUUCCCACUGUCUGCGUUCAAGUUGUCACGACUGUCUGUUUCAUCUACAAAUUUACUCAAUUCUCACAAUUAGUGCAUUGCCCUUAUGAUUCGGAGUCUUUCGAAAUGGAACGGAUCGCAUUCGAGUCGUGGACCUUGGCACAAUGAGAUCUACGGGUCCUUCCUUGAAUCCCGCAAACCCAUCCUAGGGUCCUUUCUCGAAUCCAGGAUUCGCGCCGCAUGAAUACUGGCGUACGCAUGCGGUCCCGCAGAAACACAUUCAUGACCGGCACCCAUUAUGAAACAGGUUCGAUAGAUGUGGCACCAGAUCCAGCCGUUCAUUUCUCGCCUUUCUCGUCAGUAUGCUAGAACGCCCAGGCUUCGGGG